AUGGGCUUGCUGCUGCAAGAAACAGCCCUCAAGUCUAAAGGCGCGGGGCCGGCGUGGCCGACCGAGUCCAGCCCGGGUCGCAAGCUGCCGCCGUCGCCCACGCCGCCCCCGGAGCGCCGCGGGCCCGCAUCCCCCGGCCACCGCCAGACCGCCCCUGCGCCGGGCGCCGCGAGGCGGCCGGGACCCUCGAGCCGGGCCCCCCAAGGCGGGAGCGCGGCUGUUGUAAAAAACCACUGGCUAGAAAGCAACACUGAACCCCAAAUAGAAAACGUUACCUUUGAUCAGAAUCAAGUGGACUUUCCAACAGUGGUCUCCAAAGAGGGCGUCAUGGUGCAGACCCCCAGGAAGAGCCAUCCUUCUUUGGAUGCUCCAGAAAACAUCACCCUACAAACUGAAACAGCAGCUGCUAGAGGAAUAAAUGACUCUCUAAGGAGAACAGAUUUCACCGUUCCCCGCUACGGGCCUGGAAGAACAACGACUCUGACUUCUCAGAGCAGCACCUUAGCCUGGGGAAAGCGUCAACUGCCAUCCAGCAGUUCAGGGUCAGAAGCAAGAACUGCCCCUCUUUCCAUGGAGAAUGGAACAUCCUGGGGUUCCCCAGCGGGGGGACAGGGGCUCCCCGAAGAAGUGACUGUGCACACCCAAAUGGCUGCCACUUCAGUUUUGAGCCAGUCUUCUCUCCCUGCUGUGGAGGAGGGAGAAGAGACCGCACUCCCCAGGCAGAGAAAUUCCUCAGGACCAGAGCCCUCCUGGCCGCCUCUCUCCAGGACAUCGGCUUACUUCCCUCCCUCUGACCAUCCCUCAUCUUCUGGAAGCAUAGAGGAUUUAAACAGCUCUACUGCUGUCCACAGCUCCUCGGUGAGUGGGACAAAGAGUGUCCAUGUUGCCACCAUGUUCACCAACAGUGUCCGAAGGACGCCCCAGUCUUCAGCCAUCAGUCUGCAACCUCUGAAUGAGACAGAACAUUUCCCUGAGGACUCUGAUAUUGCCAUAACUUCGUCAUCAGUCCAUCCUUCCCCCUCGGAGGCAGACUUGAGAAGAAGCAGUGGAGUAUUCAGGAGCCCAGGGGAUGGGGCAUUCACAGGGCUGUCCACAGAAAGUGCAUUUGGUCUUACACCUUCCAACGUCUCAAGGGAAUUUUGGCAAAAUGAUUCUCCAACUUCCGGAGGACCCCAGCCGGCCAGUGGCUCUGGUGCAGGGAAUGGCAGCCCUGUGUCUCAGACAGAAGCCUCCUCUCGGUCCCUCCCGCUAGUCGGAGGUGGAGAGAGCACCGCUGUCUGGUUUUCCGCCGGCAGCGAGCCCUUCGCAGGUGCGGCAGGAAGCUCCACUUCCCAUCCUGAGGUUGUGAAGGCUUCAGUUCUGACCCGCUUCUCAGCCUCCUCCCCGCAGUCUCGAGGAAGCCACUCAGCGCUGUAUGAAAUGAGCUACUCUGAGCUGGCCACUGAGUCCUUGUCUUCAUCGUCCUCAGAAAGUCUGGGCUUCUCGGCACCUCGCGGGGAGCGCUCGACCACCGAAGACAGUCCUGAGCUGGGUAUUGGUACCAAAGCUGAAGAGGGGGCUUCCUGGGGAGCGCCAGGGGUCCGCACUCACAGCCCGCACACUUUGGCUACGUUCGCUGGAGUUGGGGAGCGCACACUGCGAUCUCUCACCAACGGCAGCACAACUCCCAGGGAUGCGGGGCGAUCGGCGGCGACAGCUGGAGAAAUGGAGAGUGCCACACAGCUGGGAAACACGACGGUGACUGGGGACGCCCGCCCGGUCUCAGGUUCAUCAGCGGCCACAAGGACCUUUGGAGGGCGUGGAGUCCCUGGGAUUAGCUACGAUGGAGCGAGCAGCACGGACCCUGAUUGCGGGACCUCCAGUGAACACACCAACUACACCUGUGCUUCGUCUCCUUUCACCAAAGGGGAGCGGGCACUGCUGUCCAUUACAGACCACAGUGCAUCCCUGGAUGGAAGGGAGACUUCGACCUCUUCCGUUAAGAUCUCAAGCUCUUUGAGUUCAGACUCUUCUCCCUCUUCUCAGGCUCAGACCGAGAGGAGUAAUGUCUCAUCCCACCAAGGAGAACAUGCUCAGCCUUCCCCUGAGGCGCUGGUUCUGCCCACGGCCAACUCUCCGUCUCACACACCCACCCUUAAUACACCAACCACUCUGGUUCCCCCGGACGCCGGUGCCAGAUCUGUUGGUGGCGCAUUAUCAUCUUCUUCCUCGGAGCCGCCCUUGCCCCUGCCCUCAGUGUCGCAGUCCUACCAGUCAUUCUCAUCAGCCUUGCCAUCUGCUGGGGCCUCUGCUCAUCCCCUGCCGUCCAGCCCUGAUGCACCCCCUCCUUUGUCCUCCUCGCCUCCCCCCUCGUCACUGCCCCCGACGGCGUCUGCCCCCGCCUCGCUGUCUGACUCACAGACAGCCCUCCCACCUGCACCUGUUACCCCAGUCCUGCCCAGGGCAAGGGAUGCUCCCGCGACUUCAGCUCGGACGCCAGCAGUCACAUUGUCUGUUCCUAGCAGUCAGACAGUGGGCCCUGAGAACCAGAGUAGCCCAUACCUCGAGAGCAUCAGCACAGAGUCGAAGCCACCAAGCCUGCAGACUCUGCCCGCAGAGGCCACGGAGGCUGUAACAGUGAUGUCUGCUCUGGGGACCCCUUCACCCCUGGCCUUCACAGACUACUCCACCUCUACAGACACUGAGCAAGCCCUUCCAGCCACGAGCACCAACGUAGCCCACACGUCUCCGGCUUCGGCAGCCACCACCCUCGAGACCUCUCAUUCUCCCGUGGCCAGCCCUAGCCUCCCGUCAAGCACAGCAGCUCUGACGGGUGGCCCCACAACAGGACAGACGGUGGCCGGAGAAACAGGACAGACAGUGGUUCAGCUCUCGCCAACCAGUCCUGAAAUUCUCGUGGUCCAAGUCACAACAGCAGGUGCUGUCACCACAGAAGAGAGCCCUGUGGAUAGAGAUGCUGGCACCAGAUUGUUCCCCCUGACCGAAGAGUCGACAACAGGACCUGGCGCUACGGAAGACGACAGCCUGGCUUCAUCUUUCCUCAAAACAUCUCCUCCCCCUGGAACCACACCUGUCUCUACAGCUAAGGUGUUAACUCCUCCGCCGACCACCUCCCCUGCGCGGAGCAGCACCCGGUCACCCACAGCACCGUCGUCUCCCGCUGCAGUUAACAGCUGCACCACUCACCCUUGUCUUCAUGAUGGGAAGUGCAUUGUGGAUCCCACCACACAUCCUGGGUACCGAUGUGUGUGCUCACCUUCCUGGCAAGGGGACAACUGCAGUGUGGAUGUGAACGAAUGCCUCUCGAACCCCUGCCCACCCCUAGCCACAUGCAACAAUACUCAGGGAUCCUUCACCUGCAGAUGCCCAGUGGGGUACCAGCUGGAAAAAGGGAUAUGCAAUUUGGUUAGAACCUUCGUGACAGAGUUUAAACUAAAGAAAACAUUUUUUAAUACCACCGUGGAAAAACGUUCAGACCUCCGUGAAGUUGAAAAUGAGAUCGCCAAAAUGUUAAAUGUGUGUUUCUCAACAUUACCUGGUUAUACCCGAUCCACAGCUCAUGUUUCUAGGGAGUCCAGUGUUGUGGUGAUGUCACUGCAAGCCACCUUUUCCCUGGCCUCCAACGUGACGCUGUUCGACCUGGCCGACAGGAUGCAGAAAUGCGUCAACUCCUGCUGGGCCUCUGCUGAGGUCUGCCAGCUCUUGGGGUCUCAGAGGCGGAUCUUUAGAGCGGGCAGCUUGUGCAAGCGGAAGACUCCAGAAUGUGACAAGGAGACCUCCAUCUGCACCGAUCUGGACGGGGUCGCGCUGUGCCAGUGCAAGUCUGGUUACUUCCAGUUCAACAAGAUGGACCACUCCUGCCGAGCCUGUGAAGAUGGAUAUAGGCUUGAAAAUGAAACCUGUAUGAGUUGCCCAUUCGGCCUUGGUGGUCUCAACUGUGGAAACCCCUAUCAGCUUAUCACUGUGGUGAUCGCGGCUGCAGGAGGUGGGCUUCUACUCAUCCUGGGCAUCGCACUGAUUGUUACCUGUUGCAGAAAGAAUAAAAACGACAUAAGCAAACUUAUCUUCAAAAGUGGGGAUUUCCAGAUGUCCCCAUAUGCUGAGUACCCCAAGAACCCUCGCUCACAAGAAUGGGGCCGAGAAGCUAUUGAAAUGCAUGAGAAUGGAAGUACCAAAAACCUCCUCCAGAUGACGGACGUGUAUUACUCGCCCUCAAGUGUGAGGAAUCCUGAACUUGAACGAAAUGGACUCUACCCGGCCUACACUGGACUCCCAGGGUCACGGCACUCUUGCAUCUUCCCCGGACAGUAUAACCCCUCUUUCAUCAGUGACGAGAGCAGGAGGAGAGACUACUUCUAAAUGCGGAAGAAAGAGGGGCCCCUUGCUCUGACUGCACCAGGGAAACACCGCCCAGGGGCCGCUCCCAGGACUAGUGGGGCCAUCCCUGAGCAGCCAGCAGAAAGGGGAUGGGCAUGGGGGGACGUGAGCACAGUGGAGGGGACAGCUGGAGCUCCUGGAGGUGGAACUGCAGGCUGCUCACCCGGCACCUUCAUUGCUACUGUGAAUGUGAACACGGGCCAAUCCAGUCAAGUCCCCGCGUGACCGCAGCAUGGCCACAGCUCUGGAGUGGCUGUUAGUUAGGCCUGAUCACUAGGCAUCCGUGCGGGAACCCAGAUUUUCCUCAGUUUGCACUUUAGUAAAUGCAGAAGGAGGGAGGGAGGCCUCCUUUCGGAUUCUUUCCAAGACUGCUCUAGAAAGAAGGCCUCUUCCCCUCAGACACUUCCGUAGGACUCCAUUCGGUGACUCAUUUACAGUGGAAUGCUCUUUCGUUGUCCCCCUGCCCAGCAGCUGCGUGCUGAACAGUAGACGCUGAAGGACAUGCCACUAGUGUUUGGAGUUGCUGCGGGUUAACAUGCAGCGUUUUCACACGCUCCUAAGUCAUCUUGUGCAACGUUUUCCAAACAAACCCCUAGAUGGAGGAACUGAAACUUGUGAGGCAGAGCACACAGCUCCAGUUUGUUUUCUUCGGUCAAAGGGACACAUUUAUCUAGGAUUAUUCCUUUGCGGUUACUUCUCAUGUCACCAUUCGUGUCUGAAUCAGAGCAAAACAAGUUCCAUUUGAUUCUAGUUCGAGGCAUCCAGCCGCCCCACGGUGAGCCCUAUGGGCACUGGGCAAGGACCCUGGGGGAAGGUGCUGGCCCUGGGGGCACUGCACGGGGUGUGGGCUCAGACCUCUACCCUUGAGGCCAAGGCCGCUGUGUGUGGAGCAGAAGUCUGAAUGCAGGUUGGGUCCAAGCUGGUAGGUACUUCACCACUAAUGGAAAAGCAGCUGAAUGUGGUUCAGGAAAUGGGCUGAACAGGUGUGUUCAUUUUCUGAGAUGCCAGUGCUUUGGGAAGCCAGGUAUGCGGUUCCCAAGGAAGAAAGGGGAGCUGGGCUGGAUCCACACACGCGUCUGCUUACCCACCAGUGCGGCAUCUUUGCGAGAAGCCCUGAUCUCGUCCACAAACUCAGUGUUGGUUGGUUGGUUCGGCCAACCACUCAAAGCUAUUUAUUCAUUGAAGAAAUAACUUAUUUUCUCUCAAACAGUAAUUUGUAACUCUUUCAACUACUACGGAGUUCCCUCCUGAAACAGGGGUGUAAUUCAAGUUAGCAUCGGAGAACUAAGACUGCUGGCUGUUUAGGGAAUGGAGCAUCUGCCUGGGGGGAGGAGGCUCCACGCAUUUGUAUGAGGCUGUGGCGUGGGUCCUGCCAGGGGUGCAUAUCCAAUGCUGCGCCUUUACCUGCUGCUGUGGCCCCAUGAUCUUUGUCAUCUUCUUUUGAACAUCCUGGUGCGGGAUGAAGUGAACACAGAAGCAGAAUAACUGUUCCCAUCCUAAAGCUUGGAGUGCACUGACACCCCCACUUCUGGAAAUGGUGCAGCCUUUGGAGACCGUUCUAGUCCAGGCAUGGUUGUUCCUUCAGGGUUCUCUAAUCUCUUCAGAAGGAAUCUGAUCCUAGUGUGAUCCUCGUCCUAACGGUUUUGAGUGCGAAUUCCUGAGUCCCGUGGUUUGCUCAAGUCACCGUCACCCCACCGCAGCCAGGUUACUCUUCAGGUGUGAUCAUUCAUCUCAUGAGACACAUGGAAAGAACCCUGCUUUUUGUCAGUGGGUGUGAACUUAACAUAGCAUCCCCUGUUAGAGAUCUUGGGUCUUGCCUCUAUCCGUGCAACCAGACAUGCCUUUCUGUGCCUCGUGGGCUCUCAUCUAACUGGAGAGCUCGAGCUCCUAACCUCAGCUCACCUGCGCCAGCAAGCCGGGCCACGACGAGGCUGCUGCUUCCGGGCUCCUGCUGCAGAGCCUUGCCGGCCCUCGGGACGCAGGGCCGCAGUGGGGGCCGUCCCCAGGCAUACAAGCCCGCCACCUGCAGCUGACAUCACAGCUGGCAGGUCAUCUCCUGUGCCCGGGUCCAGAAGCUAUGCUCUUCACCAAAUGAAGCAUUCUGUCCCCAGAGUGUUCUGAAGCAGAAUCCCAACAUCCAGAACAGAGUGUGCUGUGAGUUUCAAAGAGGACUUCCUGGGAGUGGGUUUUGUGCAUGUGAAGUGGAUUGAGAGUGUUGUUUUUUAUCUUACUGUGAAAAAGGGAGGCACCCUGCAAGGCUGAGGUCAUAUCACAUAUGCAGUUCCUAGGCAGCUUGCAGGGGUGGGGGCUUAGGGUGCCAGUGCUGGCUGCCCGCCUGCGUGAGGAAGGGAGAGGCCGGCUUCAUUCCUGCUUGGGGUUAAAAUACUUUGAGAAAGGUCCUCCCUGAGCUGAGAAGCAGCUGGUGGGGCCACGGCCCUGGGACUGGGGACAGGCUGGAUGCACCCCUCGUGACCAGAAGCCCAGGCACAGGUUCAGGUUGGUCAACGCACCUGGAGUGAUUCCUGCUCUCAGAGACGCCGUGGUCCUGUGUGGGGCCCCACUUGAGGAAGCUGCCCAUAAGACGCUCAGACCUUGGGAAAGUGUGGGGCUGCAUGGAACCCCCGUGUCAUGCCUCAUGCCAGCGGGUGGUGACUCUCAGAGCAGGGCAGUGCUCUCUGGGGCCGACCAUCAUCUGUGGAGUCCGCUGAAGCUCCAGAGGGUCUGAAAUCUGGUGUCUUUUAUUUUUUGUGCCAUGACCCAGCCUUGCUAAAGACAUUUUAGAAAGCCUGAAUAGUCCCAAUGAGCAUCUCACGUGUUCCCACCAGAGCCAGGCUCUGUGCAGAGUACUUGGCUUCACCACACCCUUGUGAGGUGGGCACAAGAGGGCCCAUUUCUCGGACAUGGGAACCUUCAGAGGGGAUCAGUACCUUGGCUUAGGGAGCCAGGACCCGUACCCUCUGCCUGGCUCCCUCUUCCCACUGUACCUCUUGCCUCAUCUCCCUGGCAGAUGCCUCACCAUACAGUAUCAAAGAGAGCUUGAGAGAAGGGGCUUAAAAGUUGUGUUUAAUAUUGUUAAGCAGUAGCUAAACUAAUGUCAUAAAGUGCAAAAACAAAAUGUUGAAAAGUACUUUCAGGUCCUUACAUGUAUUGCUUGGAUGCUUGUGGUCAUUGUUAAUAGUGGCUGGCUCAUGCUUAUUAGCAAGGAGCAUAUUGGUACGUGGCUUUGGAUGAAGGAAGUGUAUGGUGAUGACCUGGGUGUUUGACAGAUGCGGCCAGACUUAGUCAUCCUUCUGAGUGCUGCCUUGCCCUGUUCCUGUGGUGAGGCUGUGUUUCCCACAUAUUGGAAGCAUGUUUUUGUGAAUAUUAUCAGAGUCUGGAACGUAUUCAGUUGAAUGUCUUAGAUGCUGACAAAUCUUCCUCCUUUGACAAAAGUUUGUUUUCAGAAGUAGCUAAGUCAUUUAGAGCCAAAAUUGCUGAGUGGAGAAUGUAAUCAAGCUGGUUUAUCAGCAUUUGAGGUCAAGAACUAAGAUGUAACUGUUAAGUUGUUGAAGAGGUCAUUCUUAAUGUUGGCCCAAAUGAGAAGGCAGCGUCUUUGCAAAGUUCAGAUGGGACGGCUGCCCAUGAAAAUGUCUUUGAAGGGUGAUGUUCCUUCAGAUAUAAAAGUUCCCAGAGUAGACGCACCAGGGUCAGUCCUCGCAUGUGACUUUUUGGAGCCUCCAUUAAGCCAUCCUGCCCGCUGUCGGGGCAUCCGGUUGCUGUAACUGUGAAUGCUGCUGGCAGAAGCGAGAGUGGUGUUCAGGCCAACUGUUCCUGGCUUAGUUUAGUUGAAGGAAAAAAAGUAAAGUGAAAUACACCCCAAAUUAGGGUUUUGACCCAUGGUUCUAAGAUACACUGAUUUCAAAACUAGAGCACUUCUUUAGAGAGAGGAAGAAUGCAAAGUUCAGUAUCUCAGUAUUUUGUAUCUUAUUGAACACCACCCUUAAUAUCAGAGAGAUUCUUUUCUGUGUGAAACUUUUGUGGGGAUUAGAAGGGACAUUCCAUUCCUUCCUUCUUGACAAAGCGUCAUUCAGAGGUUCUCGUGUGCAUUCUUGGAAACAGAUACAGUUUUGUAGAGUUAGCUGUUGAGUAUGUAUUCUUUUUCUUUUCUUGAAUCCCCAGAGACAGGAAUUGCUUAAACUACUAGAAAGAUCAAAGUAUUAAAUGUCAGUUAAUUUGUUGUGCUAAAGUAUCUUUUCAAGCAUGUUAUAAUCCAUCCUGUUUGAUUUAAAGUGCUCACAAAAAACCCUGUGCAACUCAAGGGGACAAUUGAGGUCUAAAAAGAGACAUAUCUUAUACUGGCUCUGAAUUCUAGGCGUUGUAAAGAGCACAUUUAAAAGAAAUUGUAUGUUAGGUUCUGGCUUUAUCUUUUCUUUUUUCUCUCUUGGAUACAUAAUAGUGCAUUUCAGGUGCAGAGUUUUUGGGUAGGAAGGAUGGGACUAGACAGGGAUGGGAUGGAACCAGUCUACCUGGGAAAAUAACCCAGGUUUCUAUAUUAUUUUGCCCGUUUCUUAAAAGGCCUCUCAUCAGGGGUUGCUGUGAGUUUUGUAAUGUUUGUGUUGUUGGGUUUUUGGUUAAAUGAAGCCUGUAGCUGGAGAAUUAACUUUUUGAGUCUUCACAUUGUCCCAAAUUUCUCUUUGCAGACCUUUAAACCUUAGCCCCUGGUUGAUUGUGUUAAACCCAUUAUAAGAAUGUUAUUUAAAGUUGUAUCAUAAUUGCAACCUUCACUAAUUAUUCAGUACUGUAGCAGCAAAAUAUUAUUUGUAAGAAUUUGAUUAUUUUUAUACUUAUACCCACGAUUAAGUCUGGCGUUCUAGUCAGUAAAAUAAUGCAAUAAAAUCAAUAUCAUUUUCA